UGAAAUUGAAAAGCGAAACGAGCGAAAUUUUUGAAUACUUAUUGAGUAUCGAGUGUUGCUAAAACUUAAAAAGAUAUAUUUAGGCUUGCCUGUGUUUCUGUUUCUAAAUUCGUAAUAGUAUUUAUAUGUAAAAUUCUGAAAACAAUAUAAAUUUCGUUAGAUUGUGAUCUUUGUUUGGUCCUUUUAAAAUACCUACAGAAUAACUAGCGUGUUGUUUAUUAUGUCUCAGCAACAAACAAAAAACUGUAUAACACUCAAAGGUUCAGCUCAAAUAAUUUGUGAAUAUUUAAAGUUUGCAAUAAAUUCAGUAUUAUUUCAAAGAGGCUUAUAUCCACCGGAAACAUUUAAGGCUCAACAGCAAUAUGGUAUAUCGUUAUUAAUAUCAGAAGAUCCACAAAUCAAAAGUUUUUUGGAUAAUCUUUUAUCACAGAGUGAAGAAUGGAUUGUAAAUAAGAAAGUAUCCAAAAUAUCAUUAAUAAUUCUAAAUGUUGCUAACAAAGAAGUUUUAGAAUGUUGGGACUUCAAUGUACAGUAUGAGGAAGGUGAUACUGCAUUAUCAAAAGAGAAAAAUGAAACUGUGGGAAGUAAGGAUGUCAAGAAAAUAAAACAAGAAAUAAGAGAUGUAAUGCUACAGGUUGCUGCUACCAUAUCAUACCUACCAUUCUUGGAUUGUAGGUGUUCCUUCGAUGUUCUUGUUCAUGCUAAAACAGAUUGUGAAGUGCCUGAUAUGUGGGCCGAAGCAAAACCAAUAGAAAUAGCAAAUGCUCAGAAUGUACAGCUCAAGUCAUUUACUACUAGUCUGCAUAAAAUGGAAACUGUAGUUAGUUAUAAACUUGUUGAUUAGAUUCAAUUUUAUUUUAAGCAAGAUUAAUUUAAGAAUAAUAAAUUUUAUUUGAUAACAGUAUUAUAAAAACCUACUAAUAAAAAAUAAUAGUUAAAAAAAAACUAAAGAACACACUUUAUAUAAAAUUCAACUAAAAAUAGAAAAUAAAUUUAAAUUGAAAAUAGUGUAAAAAAAAUAUUAUAUAUUUCAUUAUAAAAAAGCGUGGGAUGUAAAAGAAUUAUUAUUUUAAUAAUAUCUUAAAAAGCACCCCACACUUUUUUUAUAAUUAAAUAUAUAAUAUUUUUUUACACUAUUUUCAAUUUAAAUUUAUUUUCAUUUUUUAGUUAAUUUUUUUAGAUUGAAUGAAGGGAUUUUAAUAUUUGCGAAUAAAAAUAUUUUAUUUAUAUUGAAUGAUCACUUAAUUCAGCUAGCCCGAGAUCCCCGAACUAGCUCUUAUAAUAAUUAGCUCAGUUAAAUCACACAUUAAUAAUUUAUGAUGGAAAUAUAAAUUCACCGCCAUCUAUUUGCUUCUAAAUGAAUUAGAUACUUUAAUUUUGUGGAACUGUCUUGAUAUGUCGCGCGUUUCCUUUGUAGUUUACAAUAAAUUAUUAGAUGGCGCUUAUUAGUGAUUUAUUUAUUUAAAAAUUAUAUAAAUUAACAAAAAUCAUAUUUUGCAAUUGAAAAAUUGAAUAAUUUUAUCAAAUUAGUGUAAUGUCAUCGGUCCUCGAUAAAUCUACAAAGUUUGAAUGAAAUCUAGCUGUUUAAAGUGGGUCAAAAUCGCGGCCAAAGAAGUCGUUUACAAAUAUACAAACAUACAAGUGAAGCUAAUAUAAAGCGUGUAAUAUUGUGAAUUUCUUAUUGGUGAGUUUAUUAGAUUAUGAGUUAAAGUUGCAUGUACAUGUAAAAUAUUAUUAUAGAUGUAAUUAGGCUGCUCUAUUAUAAGGAAACAAGAAUUAAAAAAAAAAAAAUUUAAACUUCAAUAAUUGUUCAUAGCUGACACUGUUUUGGGUAAAAUUUUGUCUGAAUUUGGGUUUUUGGGGAAAAUUUUAGAGAUUAAACUUUAGUGUGACCAGUGAGACUAUUUCAUAUCUCUAAAUUGUUUUAAUAAAUUUUUAAAUAAUUGUGA